GGCUGCACACGGUGUGGCAUCAAAUUACUCCACCUGAAAGAGGGGCAACUGGGAAUUUGACCUAAAAUGGAAAUCUGCACAUGUUGAGGCAGGAGUUUGCGAUCAACAAUCGACAAAGUCAUGAGAUAGCUUGUUGUCGAAAGUGACUAUAUAAACUUCACGGUGUCACUUCAGCAUCUUAGUUGUGUAUUGUGACACAACUUUUCAACGCUCAAUCCCACUAACGCAUCUUACUACCUCCCAUUAUCUUUCAUUUCACAAUGGCGUUCUCGGUUGCAUCAUCAUACGACAAGCUUCGAUUACUUCUUGACGAAACCUCGAAUGAUGUUUUGCCCGCACCCCAUGCCAUCGCAGUAGCCACGCAGUCCGUCGCCACAAACCUCCCUACGAUUGGGCUCGGGGAAGAAGCCACUGCAGCACAUCUUCUUUCAGAUAUAACCCCUGGCUUCAAUGGACCGAAAACUUCAUCUAACUAUUAUGGGUUUGUCACUGGGGGUGUCUUCCCAAUUGCAGAAGUCGCUGACAAUAUUGUCACCGCUUUCGAUCAAAAUGUUCAAGUGCAUUUACCAGAUCAAAGCGUCAGUACUAUUGUCGAAGACAAGGCCUUGGGAAUGCUUGCAGAUCUGUUGAAUCUUGGAGACGGUUGGGAUGGGCGAACUUUUACUACCGGGGCUACUGGGGCAAACACUCUUGGACUGGCAUGUGGACGGGAAGCUAUAAUUUCUCGGCGGCUGGAAAAGAAGGGAGAGAGCAGAGGCGUUGGAGAAUUAGGUUUGCUUAUGGCCUGUAACAAAGCUGGGAUUACAGAGAUUCAGAUCUUGACUGCCAUGGCUCAUAGCUCUACAUACAAAUCUGCAAGUAUUGUUGGGCUGGGACGAGCUUGUGUUAAGGAUAUUGGGACCAGUCCAUCCGAGCCAUGGAAAAUCGACAUACUUCUACUAGAAAAAGAGUUAGCCAAAGAAAAAGAUGGGGUGGCUAGCAUCGUUUCGUUAAGUUCUGGGGAGGUUAAUACUGGAAGAUUUGCAACUGAUGGAAGGGAAGAAAUGCAAAAAGUCCGUGAACUUUGUGACCGCUAUGGCGCUUGGCUACAUGUUGAUGGAGCCUUUGGAAUAUUUGCUCAAAGUCUUCCAAAUACUUCAGAAUUUGCCUCUCUGAAAGGCGUAUCCGCAGGUAUUCAGUUAGCGGAUUCAAUAACAGGAGAUGGCCACAAAAUGCUUAAUGUGCCUUAUGAUUGUGGCUUUUUCUUCACAAAGUCCGUGUCAAUACUGACAUCCGUAUUUCGAAAUCCGAAUGCAGCAUAUCUCUCAUCUGGACCAUCAAGCAUUCCGUCACCUCUAAAUAUUGGUCUCGAGAAUUCACGCCGUUUCAGAGCACUUCCAGUCUACGCCGUGCUAUUAGCGUACGGUCGUGAAGGCUUGAGUGAGACGUUUGCUCGUCAAGUCAGAUUAGCAAGGGGAAUCUCAAAGUUUCUGGAUGCACAUGUGGGGUAUGAACUCCUUGCAAAAAGCAAGUUGGAAAAUGAAAAUGUGAUUGAGAAUACUCACAUCAUCGUUAUCUUCCGAGCAAAAAAUGACAGCACCAACAAUGAAUUGGUUAAAAGAAUUAAUGCAACAAGAAAAAUGUAUGUGUCAGGGACAAAAUGGGAAGGGAGACCAGCCUGUAGAUUCGCAAUCAGCACGUGGAAAGUCGAAGUCGAAAAGGAUCUACAACUUAUCCAAGACAUCCUAGAUGAUGUUCUCCGGGAUCAACAUUAUUAGCUCCAAUAAAUCUCCCUUAUAUGCCCCAGUCUCCUUCUGAUUGUUAAAAGAAUAUGCGGUCUUCCACUUUCUCCUACCACGACUGUCAAACACUCACACAUUUGAAACUCGGGGAUUGGACUCGUCUGUUGUAUAAACCUCUAUGGAGUGUAUUAUGAGUCCCCUGGAAGAUGGGACAUCUCAAAUUGAUAUGCAAAGCCAUGUCAGAUAGCGCA